AUGCGUUGUUCUGUUAGAGAGCAACUUGCAAAACGUAUUGUACAACACCACAGAACAGUAGCUAAGAUAAAGAAGAAUAUCACUGUCAAUCAUUUUUUGACUGAAAUAUUCCACGUCAAGACCAUCUACCGUAUAAUCUGGAAGUAUGAUACAUGUGGUACUAUUGGAGACAAACCCAGAAGUGGUCUUCCACGAAAAAUAUCUACCGGUCAACGAACACGUCUCAAAAGAUUGGUGAAUCAUCAGACUGGUAUUUCAUUAAGAAGAAUAGCGCAAAAAUUCAAUGUUCAUCGAAGGACUAUUCAACGUGAAUUGAUUGAUAUGGUAUACACUAUCGAAAAAAGAAACCUGCUCUUCGAUACACAGAAAAACAAAUCGAAGAAGCUUCAACCGUGCUCGNUAUAUCCUACAUUAUUGAACAAUGAUGUUGAACUCAUUAUGGACGAUGAAAAAUAUUUCACCUUAACUAAUGAAUCAGUGUCAACUAAUCGCGGAUUCUACACAUCAGAUCCAAGUACCACACCUUCAGAAGUGAAAUUUAAACGCACUCAAAAGUAUCCUGCUAAAAUUUUGGUUCGAAUGGCAAUAUCUGGAAAAGGGAUAUCAAAGCCGUUCUUUGCAAAACAAACACAAGCAAUUAAUGAAAGAACACAUUUGAAAAAAUAUAUUGAAGCAGGUUUGAUGCCGUUUCUAAACAGCUAUCAUAAUAUCGAAAAAGUGUUAUUCUGGCCCGAUUUGACAUCAAGUCAUUAUGCUGCAAGUGCACGUCCUUUUGAAACAAUUUGGCAAAUAUUAGAAGAAAAGGUUUAUGGCGGUGAUUGGGAAGCCAAAACAAUCGACCAAUUAAAACGAAGGAUACAACAACAGCUGAAAAGAAUUGACAUGAAGCCUGUACAAGCAAUGUUUUCGUCAAUAAGAAAGCAAUUACGAAAAAUUGCUGAUAAAGGACCAUUCGCAGCUUGCUCAUUUUAA